AUGGAGGAGGUGGGGCCACAGGUAGUCUCUCCUAUGCUCAUCCACCGAUCACUCUCCGCCAGAUUUCACGAUCCGUAUGUGAUCUCGAAGAAACGCGGUUUACCUUUGCACCCUUCGAGUUACGUCCGUGAGGACGACUCGAGAGGCUGGAAUCCCAAGUCCUGGAAUUGGGAUAGUUCGAGAUUUGUUGCCAAACCAUUGCAUUGUGAAGCAAACAGUGCUCCAAGAGAAGAACAUGCAACUCUCGGGCUUCAGCUUGGAGGAGGUGGAAAUGACAAUGAGAAUGAGAAUGGUAAAAGUAGUGGUGAAAAUGGCGGGCUGAGUUUAGUUGGUGGGCUGCAGCCCGUGUCAAGGCCUAACAAGAGAGUGAGAUCCGGAUCGCCUAGUGGGCCAAACUAUCCCAUGUGCCAGGUGGAUGAUUGCAAGGAGGAUCUGAGUCGGGCCAAGGACUAUCACAGGCGGCAUAAGGUGUGUGAGGUUCACAGCAAAGCUGGGAAUGCCUUGGUUAGGAAACAGAUGCAGAGGUUCUGCCAGCAGUGUAGCAGGUUCCACCUCCUUUCAGAGUUUGACGAGGGCAAGAGAAGUUGCAGGCGCCGACUUGCUGGCCAUAACAGGAGGAGGAGAAAAACUCAGCCGGAGGAAAAUAAUCCAAGUUUGUUAGUCCCCAGCAGCUGUGACAACAAUGUCACUAAUAAUGACAUCAUCAAUUUAUUGACAGUGCUCUCUUGCGCACAAGGGAACACGGAGGAAGCAAAUAGUAAAUCCUCAUCCAUACCUUCGAAAGAUCAGCUCAUUAACAUACUCAGUAAAAUAAACUCACUUCCCUUGCCCGAGGACUUGGCUGCCAAGCUGAAUGCAACUGUUCCUAAUCAUAUAUCCUCUGAAACUCGGAAACAAAAUAAUGGAACCAUGGACUUGCUUGCUAUCUUUUCAAAAACUUCCAAAGCACCCUCUCAUGAAAUUCUCCCUCGGCCAAGCACCGGAGACAGCAACUCGGAAAAAACAAAAUCACAUUGUGUUGACCAAGAAAUUGACUUCCAUGCUGGGCAAGCCUCUCCCAGUUUGCAUUUGCAGCUGUUUUGCCCCUAUCCUGAAGAUUAUAGGUCAAUGAAAUUGCCCCCAGAUGGAAAUGUCAUCUCGUCCGGGAGCAGUAACCCAUCGGUGGAGGUUUCGCCCAUGUCAUCGCCACCUGUUGUGCAUGAUCUGUUCCCAAUGUGGAAUUCAAGCGAAACAGUGAAGGAUACUCAUUUGUCAAAAAGUGAAGGGGAAACUGCGCGUGCAAAAUCGACCACAAGCAACGGUGGUACAUCUCUUCAGCUAUUUGGAAGUUCCAUCAUACCUACCGAGAAUGGUUCGAAUCAGAGCUCUCCAUAUCAAGCUGGUUACACGUCUUCAGGGUCCGAUCAUUCGCCAUCUAGCCUUAAUUCUGAUUCUCAGGAUCGUACUGGUAGAAUAAUUUUCAAACUGUUUGACAAGGAUCCAAGCCAUUUGCCAGGGUCACUAAGAACUCAGUUAUACAACUGGCUCUCUAACAGUCCGUCAGAAAUGGAAAGCUAUAUUAGGCCUGGUUGCAUUGUUCUUUCUCUGUAUUUGUCAAUGCCAUCUCCUGCCUGGGAUCACCUUGAAGGAAACCUCCUUAACUAUGUGAAAUGCUUAGUCAAAACUAUUGAUGUUGACUUUUGGGGAAAUGGGAGAUUUUUGGCUUAUACAGACAGACAAAUGGUUCUACAUAAAGAAGGAAAACUUCGCCUUUGCAAAACCUGGAGAGCCUGGUGUACACCAGAACUGAUCUCGGUGUCACCUCUGGCAGUUGUUGCUGGACAUGAGACCUCUCUUGUAUUGCACGGGAGAAACUUGAUGGGUCCUGCCACUAUGGUACACUGCACACAUGCUGCUGAGUUCAAAAUAAAAGAGGCUCCUUUGACAUCAUACCAAGACACCACUGCGCAUGAUGAGAUUAGUUUGGUUGGAUUCAGGGUUAAUUCCUCAUCAGGCGUGCUUGGACGCUUUUUCAUUGAGGUUGAAAAUAAAUCAAGAACAACUAGUUUCCCAGUAAUUAUAGCAGAUAAAGCCAUCUGCCAAGAAUUGAGACUCCUUGAGUCCGAAAUUAAUGGAACUACUAAUCUACAAAUCCUUCAUUUCCUAAACGAACUUGGCUGGCUGUUUCAGAGAAAACACAACUCGUUCUUAUUCGGGAUCCCUGACUAUAGGCUUAGUCGGUUCAAGUUUCUUCUUAUAUUUUCCGUCGAGCAUGACUUUUGCGCUUUGGUUAAAACCCUCUUGGGAAUACUUGUAGAACUGAAUGUUGGUAGGGAAGGAUUGGUAAGAAAGUCUCUGGAGAUGCUGUCUGAAAUUCACCUCUUGAGCCGCGCUGUCAAGAGGAGGUGUCGAGCCAUGGUUGAUUUGCUCAUUAACUACUCUGUUAUUGAUUCUGCUGAUAGUUCCAAGAAUUUCAUUUUCGUACCUGAUAUGGCUGGGCCUGGUGGCAUCACCCCUUUGCAUUUGGCUGCUUGUACAUCGUUUUCAGAUGAUAUUGUUGAUGCAUUGACAAACGAUACAAAAGAGGUUGGAUUGCGUAGUUGGAACUCUGUUGUAGAUGCAAACGGGCUUUCUCCAUACGCAUAUGCCUCCAUGAGGAACAAUCAUUCGUACAAUGCCCUUGUUGCACGGAAGCUAGCAGAGAAAGAAAACGGCCAAAUAUCUGUAUCGAUUAAAGAUGAGAUUGAGCCGUUGCGAGUGGAGUCAGAUCCGGAGAACAACAAUCUCCAGUUUAACAAAAGGCAGAAAUCUUGUUCGAGAUGUGCAGUCAUUGCAUCACGUGGGUGCAUUAAAAAGUUUGGGGCCGGCUCGAAAGGCCUGCUUCAAAGGCCGUACAUACACUCGAUGCUAGUUGUUGCUGCUGUUUGUGUGUGUGUGUGUUUGCUGAUGAGAUCACACCCACGUUUCGGGUGUGGCAAGAGUGUUGAUUGGGAUAGAUUGCAGUUUGGCACAAUGUAG